UGGGGUAGGUUGGCCCCUCUGAUUCAGAGGUUAGGAAUUUGCAUCUGAUCGCUGUUUGUCAACCAAUGGUUUGACUCGAGGAUCGUGAGCACGCCUUAGAUUAGGCAAGGAUACAAUGUUACGUCUAAAUAGAGCCAUACUUUGAAAUCGAAUUUGAUGAUUGCAAUCGAAUAUAAAUAAUACGAUCGGGACAGAACUAUACUUCGUUGAUUUACGUUAAAUAUUCAUUUAAUAAUCAUAUUACAUUGACGCACAAAUCAGGAAUGUUUCUUCCGGUUCCCAAGAGUACAAAAACAAAACGGAAGCUGAUGUGGCCCUGAGGGGUCCAAAGCUCACUGGGUGCAUGGUGACCUCAUCGCUCUAGACGGCAUCUUGCUGGGCUUUGCUUUCGGACCGAGCUGAACGCCUGACAACCUGUGGCUUUCCUGAAAACUCCAUCUUUCUUCGUCACUCUGGGUUCUUUGACUGCAGCUACUCAGGACUGGGAUAGAUUCCCGAAGUUCAAAACUGGGACUUUUUUUAGCCACUUAUCCCUCUCAAGUAAUUAGUGUCCCAGUUCUUCACAUUCCAGGUUGGGACUUUUUAUUUCUCAGGUGGAAAUAAUACUGUGAGGAUCAAAUUUUUCUCCCCCUGGAGAAUUUCAGCCUAUUUUCCCCGUUGUAGCUCACAGGCGGGAGCCCUCCUUUGUGUGUACCUGUGCCCCUUAGCUCUGACGGAGGCAGCCGGGGCUGUGCUGGGCAGCAUUCUCCGGAGAUGAAGCUGCAGGCUGUGAUGGAGAACCUGCACAGGCAGCAGAGGGCCAAGCUGCUCCUGGAGCAGCAGCAGGCUGGCCAGUUGCAGGCGCGGCGCCCCCCCCCUCAGGCCCGCUCGCUGGAUGGAGUUGGCGCAGGGAGCCCCGCCCCCGAGUCGGAGCCGGCCGAGACGGUAGCGCUGGCGGCCAUGAGGGCAGCGGCCGCCGGCUUGCAGAGGGCGCCGGACAGCCCCGUUUCGGGGCACAGCAGUGCAGGAGAUGACGAGGAAGACGAGGAGGAAGAGGAGGAGGAGGAGGGGAGAGAGGGCCAUUACAAGGACAUGAUGGGCUCUGAUGAAGAGGAGCACAUAAAGCAAAAGUGGGAUGAAGAUGACUUUGAGAAGGACAUGGAGGAUGACUAUGAGGAUGGUCUGGGUGAGGAGGCUGUCAUGGCAGGGAGGGACAAGGUGACGGCUGGAAGAGGGGUACUCCUACUGCCGCAGCGCCAGCUGAACCCGCACGGCCUGCUGCUCAAGGCCCGGCCCACCUCGGACCCAGAGGCACGCAUAUCUUCCUUGGCGCCUCAUAGUUCUCACAGCCAGUUGGCUGCCCAGGACCACGGCGAGUGGACCUAUGAGGAGCAAUUCAGGCAGCUCUAUGAGUUGGACUCAGACCCAAACAGAAAAGAGUUCCUGGACGACCUCUUCAGCUUCAUGCAGCAGAGAGGGACGCCGGUGAACCGGAUACCCAUCAUGGCCAAGCAGGUGCUGGACUUGUACAUGCUGUACCAGCUGGUGACGGAGAAGGGGGGGCUGGUGGAGGUCAUCAACAAGAAGCUGUGGAGGGAGAUAACCAAGGGCCUGAACCUGCCCACCUCCAUCACCAGCGCCGCCUUCACGCUCAGGACGCAAUACAUGAAGUACCUGUACCCUUACGAAUGUGACAAGCGGGGCCUCAGUAACCCGGAUGAGCUGCAGGCAGCUAUCGACAGUAACCGGCGGGAGGGUCGGCGGCAGAGUUUCGGGGGGUCGCUCUUCACCUAUUCGCCCAACGGCACCCCCACCAUGCUCUCCUCACCCAAGCUGAACAUCCCGAGCAUGGGCAUGGCUAUGGGCACCAACGGUGCUGCGCUCACCCCCAUCCAGAAGAUUAAGAAAGAAGAGGACGGCGGCCAGGCCCCCACAGGCGGGGGCCGGGGGGGGGGCUCUCUGCCGAGCCACUCGGUGGUGGCGGUGCAGGCGGCCGCGGCCCAGGCAGCCAUGGCGGCUCAGGUGGCCGCGCUGGAGCAGCUCAGGGACAGACUGGAGGCAGGCGAGCCACCCGAGAAGAAGAUGGCUCUGCCCGUUGAAGAGCACCAGCGGCUCCUGCAGAGGGCGCUUCAGCAGAACCUGCUUGCCAUGACGGCUCAGAUGCCCAUGAACAUACGCAUCAGUAACCAGGAUGGGAGACAGGACUCUGCCCUGAAUCUAAGCACUAAUGGUAUGAGCAGCAUCAGCAUGUCUGUGGAGCUGAAUGGGGUUGUCUACACUGGUGUGCUUUUUGCUCAGGCAGCUGGGUCAGCCCCGUCAGGCCCCCCUGGAAGCUCAAACUCCAAUAGCAGCAAAGCGCCCGGCAGCCGGAGCAGCUCGCAGCCGGUGCCUCACACACCUACCUCAUCUUCCUCCACCAACCCAUCGCCAUAGCGAUCUCGCUCCACUCUUUUGUAAAGCUAACUAAAGCCAAAAACCAACCUCAUUUUUUAUAUAGCCUACACCAAAAAAAGGAUGGAAAAAUAUGAAUUAAAGCUGAAGCUAACAUGAUAUCUCAGGUGUUCCGCCACCCUUUCUAACUUCUCAGACAGGUUCCUGAUUAGCAGCCAGUUUUCACAGAAGAGCCAAUGUAAUGGAGAUGUACGGAGAUGUUUAUCCACAACCUACGAAUUACUUGUACCAUAAAUCUACAGACUACAUGAGAAUGAAAGGAAUUCCAAUGUAGUGCUUUUCCACCGUUAAAUUCUUCACACAUCUACUGAUAAACUUCUCUUCAAAUGAGAAAAAAUUCAAUGUUUUAUUUUAUAUGAAUGUUGAUAUGAUGGUGAUUUAUUAUUUCUAUUAUUAUUAUAAACCAUGGUAACUGCAAAGUGAAAAGUAUAUUUAGGGUUUUUAAAAGAAUUUGUAAAUAUCUUCUAUUUUAUUCUUCAGAUGGUUUAUAUAUAUACUUUUUUUUCUUCAUGGCGUCUCCUCAGCUUAAGACUCAAUGUCAGAUUUUAUGAUGCUGUUAAACGGGACACGAUAUUUGAUGGAUAAACAGUUGGUACAUAACUGUAGCCAUAUGUCCAAGAGACCUCCUCUCCAACAAGCAUACAGAAAGGCAAUGCAAUGUAUUGUUUAGUUUUUCAAGAAGUGCUUUAAAAAAAAUAAAAUUAGCCUUGCAGAUUUUUGAUAAUUUGACCCUUUCUCUGGUGUUGGACCUCAGCUUGCAAGGAAUAUAUUAGUCUGUAGGUUUUGCUAGUCUUACUCAGCUGUAGUACAGUCCAGCAUCUCUCUGGCCUUUUAUCGCCUAUUUAAUCUGAAAAUAUUCCGUAGUGGGUGAAGUGCCGUAAUUGGAGUUCAUGCAUAUACCACAAUACCUCAGUUCUGCAUAUCCAGAAUGGUGAGCUCUCACCACUUUAACUGGCUGAAUAUUACAUGUACUGUUAUUCCUGGGGGGGGCUCAGUGGACAAGGGCCUUUAACAAUGACGUCUGCAGGGCUGUUGGACUCUCUCUCUUAUUUUUCUUUUGCCUGUGAUGUGUGAGACCAUAUGAUCUCAUGGCUGGAUUGCAGCAGAAAACCUAGCAUGACGUUUGCGUCUCAUGGGGAUUCCGAGGGAGAGAGAGAGAGAGGGGAGAGAGAGCUGAAGCUGAGCAGUAGGUUGGUGAGCUUGUGGAAAUGUAGCCUAAAAGUAAGUAAUCGUGGCAUUUUUUCUGUUAUGUCCGUGAGUAGGCGUGCUAAAAGAGAACAGACCUCAGUGUUCUGGUAUGCAAACGGACCAGUUUAAUAUGGCGUAAUACAGAACUUUGCUUUUAAUGCAAUGUUUCGUGUCUUACGACAUGUCUGCAAGAUUAUCUGUAUGAGAUGUAGGUUUUUCUCGCUCCGCCUCAGGAAGAAUUUAUCUCCUGAUCCCCAGGCUUGUGUAAUACAGCGAUGCCUUGCAUUAAAUCAGAUGGGCUGAAUGGAAGUGCAUGGAAAACAAAGCCACUCAGCGACGUGGUUGCGAAAUGCUUUUCGACUAGCUUUCCUGAUUUCCCUGCUUUGUUAUAACAACACAGGUUUGUUUCUAGUAAUUUUGAUAUUUCUCUUUGCUGUGUAUCAGUUGCUGGUUGUUGGCUUCGUGGUUGUUUUUCGGGCUCAAAGCUUAUAAUAGUGUGUGCUUAGAAUAACCAUUUAGACAGUGCAGCUCAGAGGCCAUUGGCAGUUUUCAGUUCCUAAGCUCGUACACUGAAACACUAAUAUCAAUGUUUCUGCUGAUUUUCUGGAUUGCUACAGGAAGGACCCUCGUGGUUAUUCUGUUACAAAAAGGCUUUGUUAAAAUGUUAAAAUUCUGAAAUACCUCACUAUUCAUCCACUCUAUCACUUCAGAUUCCGCAACACUAUCAACCUGACGACAUAUAUGGACAGUAAUCCUAGAGGUGCAAUAAAGAUAUUUUUAAAUUUUCUACUGAUUCACUAUUCUAUAUGGAAAAUAUUAUUAGAAUUUAUUUCAAAGUUUUACUAUUUCAGGAAAAAAAGCUUUUGGCUAUUUGGAGUUAAUAUUUCUGUAGUUAAUUCCUGAUUCAUUUUGCUGCUGUAAAUGUGUGGUGUUCUGUCCAACAUUCUCACAAUAAAAUAUUUCUUUUUGCCUCUUUGAAUCAGAAUCAGAAUAAGAAUUGUUUUUUUUUUUUGUCACCAAGUACUUUGAUAUAGGAGGAAUUUGUUUUGGGGUAUUUCGCUAAAGUAGACAACAGCACAAAUCGGUCAUUAAUUUAAAGAAUUUAGGAUGAUUUUUGGAGGCAGAAAUGGGGUAAUCAGUUGCUACUCCUGGUUAAAGUGUAUUUGCAUUUUUAAAUUAUUGUGGUGUACAUGUUAAAGUGGUAGAAGUGUCAUAUGGUGAGUUUCAAAUUGAUUAUACAAUCUCAGUAAAGAAUUUCUACGCAAAAGUAAAGAGAAUGUCAUGCGGUUUCCUUCUACGGUACUGGAGUAUUUUUUUUGGUGAAAAGGAGUCAUUCAGCACAUAACUGUGUAAGAUUAUGUACUUCGGAAAACACUUAAUCAUUUUACAGCAGACUUUGUCUUGAAUGAUCUGUUAUUCAAGUGGAUUGAAGUGCUUUUUGACUGGUUCAGUACAGUUGUGUGUGGCAGUUUUAUUGGGUGAUUUUCAUAAUAACUUUUAACCAUGUUUGAAUACGAAAAUUUGUAAAGUUUCAGAUUUGAAGGACAGAAAAUAAGAGUAAUGCAACAAAAAUCUGAAGUCUUUUAUUCUUUUAAAUUAAAAAUGUGAUAUUUGGAUAUAUCAAUUCAUCUUUGUCUACUCCUGAUCAGAAUCUUGGGCUAUUUUGGUAAGUUGUCAUUAAACACUAUAGCAAAUUCUCAAGUAAUUAUGUAGAGCCCAGUAUGGAAAGCAACUUCUAUUCAGUCAAACGAAUAGAUUUUUCAAGUGAUUUUCUUAUCCCCUUUGCAUUGUUUUUUUUUCCUUUCUGGGUGGCUGCAUUAUUAGCAAUGAGCUAAAUGAGUUUUUGUGAACUUUUGGUAAAUUUGAAUCUCUCUUAUAGACAUAACAAAUUGCUAACAUUUUUUUCUCUCUUUAAAUUCCCCUCACUUGUGAUUUUGCUCCAUUUGGGGUAAAUAUCUGGCGCUUGCUUACUUGUAAGAUACGUGUUUAUGUUUUGUCCUGGAGUAAAAAUAAAUAAAUGAUAGUAAGCCGAAUGACUAACAGAAUCUCCCAGGUCAGUUCGGAUGUUCAGGUUGACCUUCUGACCUCCCAGCUUUCUGCAAGGUCUCGUCCAGCUGCAGGCGCGUAGCUCUGUGUUUCUCUGAAGUCUCUGAGGUUGGACAUUCAGAAAUGUCUUUGUUGUUAUGAAGGCCAAAGCUGUUACUCCAGCUUCAGUAAAUAACACCAGAUCCAAAAAUGAUGUACCUUUAUUGAUUGCUCUCAGGGAAAAUGCUGCUUUAUGCCUUAAUGUUUAUCAGGGGAUGUUACAACACUGAAUACCUCAUGGUUUUAUUUACUGAAGUCGAUUUCUCAUAUAUGAGCUUUUGUCUACCUCACAAAAUAGAAAUACAUUCAGACAGGCUUUAACAGACAGGAGCAUCAUGUGACUGUCUGCCCCAAUCACACCGCAGGAUGGUUCUGAAGCACAGUGAGCUGUAUAAUAAACUGAAUAUGGUUGCAAUGAGUUUUAUUUUUGGUGAAUGAAAUGUGUGAAAAACAAGCAGUUUUUUUUUUUUUUAUUAUUAUUAUUAUUCCUGAAAUUGUUGAUAAUGGGAGGCGGAGAUCAAGGAUUCUCCCCCAUCUGUCACUUCUGUUGUGGGGGCAUUUACAGCAUUUGGUGCUACUCUGAAGGGCUUUUAAUUCUCCUAUUUUAAACCCAUUAUAUUGUCAGGGUGUUUUUAGACUCUGGAAAUGGAUUUCACUCCAUUUAUAUUAUAUUGAUGUGUUGUUUGUCAAUAUUGAUUUUUUUUUUUUUAAAUCUAAAUUUAAUUUUGGUCUUUCCUACCAAUAUAGAAAGGAAGGUUUAAACUCUGUGUUCGAUAGUCAAAGGCCCUUUACAUGUAUAUUGCGCUGAGAUCCUUGCAGCUAAUCUCUUUAUACGAACUAGUUUCCUCUCUUUGCCUUUUGUCACACCCCUGGAAAGUGGCCUUUAGGCUGAAUUCCUUUUGCCUGGGCCGUUUUAUUGACAAAAUGCACUCGCUUCACAGAUGUCUGAUGUUAGUCCUGCCAGGUUGGAAUUGGAGGUCUCAAUACUGCACCCCUGUGCAUUCAAAACAGCACUGCAUCAAUAGAGGAUGUUAUGACAGCAGUGAGGCACAUCACGUCUGUUUUAUUUUCUUUGCAUGAAUUAGACAUGCUGAUGCAAAUUAUGAAACCUUAUCUCAUCUACUGUUAUUCUGUUUUAUGUAUUGUGUUGCUUGUAUGCUAUAGUUUUUUUUUUUUUUUUUUUUGUCCAAUUGCUGGAAAAUUUGGCAUAAGGUUAAACAGUGGAUUUUUGCUAUGUUUAUCAGUGAGGUUUUGCUCUCGAGGCUGAGAUAACAGCAUGUUAUCAUAAGCGAGUGAAAGUGACAGUAUGAAGUGGCUCAGGAAGAAUCUGUUUGCACGCUGUGAGAAUAUGGAGGUCUUGUGUUUCAAAUUCCACUCGCAUUAUUUUGGAGGACAAUCCUGAAAACUAUAAUCGUCUUAAAGCGUUUAAUCCAAACAUGGCAAUAAUGGCUGUAAAAUGUAUUUCUGUGGUCUUUUACUCAGUUACUGAUCCAUGUCUAACUUACAAUAAUUAUCUGGCAUUUUUUGAUCACACUUGGCAGAUGUACUAACCACAGUGGUACAAAUCAGUGUUUACUGUACCAGAGACUAACAGGUACUACCAAGCUCACACUCUGUUGCCUUAAAGAAUGAUGUUUCGGUUUGACUUUGCUGUCUGAAAGAAACCACCACUGUGAAUGUUAUUUGAUUUAGAGCUUAAUUUUCCUUUCAUUUUAAAGAGAAAAUGCUGAAUAACUUUACUACUAGGUACUCUAAUAGAAUUGCAACUGCUGGGGAAAAACUUUACAUUGUCAUGUUUAAAACUAGCUAUUGAAAUAACUAAUUAGCAACAGUAGUUUAUUGCAAGAGUUUUUUUGGGGAAAAGAUUACCUUAAAUUUUGCUUAUUAAAUGAUAAAAUGCCUUUUGCUGUGACAAUUCAUAAUGCUGUUUCCCCUUAUAUUAAACUGAGUUAAGCUUUGUGGCUUUUUAAAAUGAAUAAAUGAGCAUUAUUUUGUAAAUAAAGUUUUGUCCUUGAACUUCAUUAUAUUGUGUUAACCCAGCAAAGAUUUCAUAUGUAUUUUGUAAAAGAUGCAUUUCUAUAGUAAAAAAAAAAAACUUACUUAUUAUAUGCAAAAACAAUCUGAAUUUAGAUGAGAUAUCAUUUUCAGGAAAUCCACUACCUUCAGUUUCACAGAUUGGAGGUAGAGGAAAGGUUACAAGGGUUUACGUUUCUUUAAGAAACCCAAGUCUGGGAAAAGACUUAAUUUGCUUGUUGUGCACUUGCAUGAUGAUUGUGAAUAGUUUCCAUAACAGUGAGACCUGUGUCAUCAGGCCAGGAGCUGUGCAGAGCUGUGCAAAGCUCCAGCUGAGUGACGUCUGGAUCCACUGCAGAUCACAGUCUGUGUUGGACAGUCUGCGUGUUGGACAGUCUACAUGUUAGAGAUCUGCUUCCAGAACUUAUCUGGUGAUACUUUAUUCAAUAAGUAAUUGUGUAUAGUGCAGCUUGCUGACUAUUUAUGAAUUGCUUUAUAACCUUGGACAUACAGAAGUCCUUUUUCCAAAAAGAUAAAAAACAACAGGACAUGGGUAUGUUGAAGCCAUCUUUUGAGAUGUAGAGAGCAGUAUUAAAAAGCUAUAAUGUAUGGCAUGUUCUGAAUGCUUAGGAUUUGAUGUGGAAGCAUAUGAUCCUUUCUGAGAAUAGAACUGUUUUACUUUCCCUAAUGAAAUUUAAAUUUAAAGGCUUUUCGUGCAAUCCAGGAAAACUUUUGCAAUCAGGUGUUUUGCAAUGUAAAAAAUGUACAGCUUCAGAAAGUGGGUCAUUUUUCACUUUUAGCACUGUUAUAAAUUACUGUACAGUGCGUUUUUAUUCUCAGGUUUAAACAAAGGUCCAGGUGUCAUUGGUUUGUAACCAAAACACAUUGAAGGUUUACACAUUUUGUACUGUCAGACAUGUAUUCAAGCCCAGAUUAAUAUACGCAAAUGGAGAAUUUAAUCUGUAACCAAAUUCUAAAGAUUGUCAAUAAAUUUUUUCUGAUAUUUGCAUCA